CCGUCACUUUGAACAUAAACACAACCGCUGGCUUCACAAAUUAUGUUUGUGACAUUAUUAUUAAAAACAACGAGUUCGCAAGUUUAAAUGGGAAAUCCAGCCGCGGUACAAGAUCCUGCCAACGCGUCAACGACUACUAGCCACGAAUCAUGUCCGGCCGGGAAAGAAGCUUCAAGUCCUACUAAACGAGACGAAGAGGUUUCGAAGCUUGUAGAAGUGAUACUACACAGACCAUUCAAUAGAGCGAUCACUCAUCAUCGUAUCAGGCGACCUUCGCCAUUUGGUCUUCACGUAGCUACUUUAUGUCGUUUAACCACACUGGCCGCCCUUGUUUAUAGCGCAGUACAGUCAGCGAUUCUUUUGGUAGACACAUUUGAUUUACUACGCGAUUGGCAAUAUUCGGAUACGAAAUCGCCAAAAGCGUUCGACAUCGUGUAUUUUGUAACGCUUAUGCUGCUGUUAUUAUCUGCCUUCCUGGCAAUAUUCGGCAUUAUCUUCUACCGAGCGUAUCUCACAGUUCCAUUUAUUUUGUGCGGCCUAUGCGCUUUUGUCCUUCUGAGCGGUCUGUUAAACUACUCGCUGUUCCAACCACCUGACCGUUUCUAUUCGACGUUUACGACAACUUUUCCGGAUUAUAGAAUGAACGCCCUGUUCGACAUAAUUGUAUUGGGCGUAUCAGUCUACAUUACCUUAUGUAACGUCCGCGAGCAGGUACUAUACGACUUGCCAUCGACACGCUUAGAGUCAGCACUGAAGGGUUUGGAAAAUUUGUCGAAAAUUAAGCUGACCUCAUAACCCUCGAUUUUCAACAGAUUCUCCAUACUCUAGAAAUAUGAAUUGUUUUAGUGCGAGGUGAGCCUAUUUUUGACUUCGCCGAAGGCACCGACUGUUACCCGAAGACCACGUCGGACGACUGUCGACCGUCCUCAAACGCGCUUUACGACAAACUAUCGAGGCGACAAAGUUCCAUUGGUAGGAUACCGGUGUAGUGAUACAGGCCCAUACGUCGCCAGACAAAUAUUUAUUUUUUACCCUAGGUUACGAACUAGCUUUAGAAACAUCAAUCGAACAGCUGAGCUACAUUACCUCCAUCCGAGGCUGUUUGCAUAGUGCAAGUAUGGAAACAGAGCUCAAAAUCCCACAGUGAGUACGUGUAGAUAGCAGUGGU